AUGUCGCCCUCUUUGGUCACCGCCCCUUCAGAACGCAUCGAUCUGGGCGAUAUCACUCACAACAAUGUUGGCCAAUUGCGUAAACUAAACACGGUCAUUUUCCCUGUCAAUUACGGCGACAAGUUUUACAGUGAUGUCCUCCAUGCUGGCGAGUUGGCCAAGCUUGUGUAUUACAAUGAUAUCUGUGUGGGUGCAGUAUGCUGUCGUAAGGAGACCAAAGACAAUGAACCACGACUAUACAUGAUGACGCUUGGUGUUCUCAAGCCAUACCGUCAACUUGGAUUGGGAAGCAAGUUGUUGGAGCAUAUUCUUGAACACGUUGGCAAGCACCCUGAAUUGGGACCCAUCUAUCUUCAUGUCCAGAUCACCAAUGAAGCAGCACUUAACUUUUACAAGAAGCAUGGUUUUGAAGUGGUUGAUACCGAAAAGGAUUAUUACAAGCACAUUGAACCCAAAGAUGCCUAUGUUCUCCGCAAGACUACUACUCAAGCAUCAUCGUAG